AUGGCUUCAUUUCUUAAAACUCCAGUCAUUAUUUUAGUUUUGUUUUUAUACUUACAUGAAAAGGUACUAUGUUCAAUAAAUGAAAAUGAAAAUGAAACUAUAAGUCAAUAUGAAAAUCAAAAUGAAAAUGUUAAUCAAACAUUAAAUGGAUAUGACAAUAUCGAUCAAUUAAAAUUCAUGAUUGGAAAUGAUGAACUACACAAAAAUUUAACAAUAUUAGAAAAAUUAAUUUUAGAGUCUUUAGAAAAGGAUAAAUUAAAAUAUCCUGUCCUUAAACAAGAAAUUGAACAGUUUUUAGACAUAUCAAAAUUUAAAAAAAAAAAUAUUACAGAUACGAAUGAUGAAACGUAUAUUAUACCUACAGUACAAUCCAAUUUUGACGAUAUUGUAAAAUAUGAACAUUUUAUUAAAAGACAAUUAAUAGAAAUUUAUAAUUCGGAUAUUUCAGAUAUAAUUAAGAAAAAAAUAUUUAUUGUAAGAACAUUGAAAACCAUAAAAUUAAUGCUUAUACCAUUAAAUUCGUAUAAACAAAAUAAUGAUUUAAAAACUGCACUCGAAGAAUUAAAUAAUGUAUUUAUAUCCAAAGAUAAUGAAGAGAAAACAAUUAGUCCAAUAGGUGAUCCAGUGACAUUUUUUAGGAAUUUAUUAUUUCGUGUUUAUGAUAUUAAACAGUCACACGAAAUACAAAAUAAAGCUGAUGCUAUUAUACUAGGAGAUAAUAAAAUAGAUGUAAUGGAUUCAAAUGAUUUCUUUUUUACUACCAAUUCUAAUGUAAAUUUUAUGGAAACAUUAGAUGAUAUAACAAAUCAAUAUGGAUUGGGCUUAAUUAAUCAUUUGGGUUCUCAUCUAAUAG